AGGGUGCAGAUCGUCAGUAAACAUUGGCCCGUGUCGCGUUUGACAUUUUUUCCCCCCUUCACGCAGGCGGUCGCCGUGAGGGCGGCAGAUCAAAGCAGUGUGUGGAGUGUGAAGGCAGUGCCUCAUUCGGACGACCAAACGUGUGUGUGUGUCUGUCGUCUGUGUGCUGUGUUCUGCAGAUCGCACCUGUGGAAUAAUUCUCGGAUCAGUUGUACCGCAACCAUUGUUUUUCUGAGAUUUUGUUCAAAUGUUUAGCUAUAAUGAGUAGCAGACGUGCAACCGAGUGUCUUUUGCUUUGAAGGAAGCUUCGUCGCGGUUGUUUAGUGAAACAGGUGUCGCCUUGUGUUGUGGUACAAGUGAAGCCAGUCGUGCAUAAUAUUGAUUAUCGUGUGUGUGUGCGUGUGUCAAUGUAUGUGUGAUUCAAAUUUUGAAAUAGCUGAGUGAAGCCGACAAGCAACGGUCUGUAGUCCAGGCCGAUUGUUCAUCGGAUUAGUUCUUCGUCAUAUUAUUAUUAGCGUGAGAGCAAUGCAAAUGGUGGAAGCUUGCGUUCUGGUGAGGAGUACCCAUAAUUUGAUUGUCAACACAACGGAAUGAGCAUGUCUGAUACAGAGGAGAAGAAGGAGGACGAGUCGAGCGUGCGGGUGGCUAUAAGGAUCCGGCCCCAGAAUGCGCGGGAAAAGAUCGACAUGUGCCAGGUGUGCACGUCGCUCACAGACGAGGCCCGCCAGGUACGUCUGGGCCAGGACAAGGCCUUCACCUUUGACCACGUCUUCGACAUGCCCACCCAGCAGGACUCCAUCUACAACAGCUGUGUGCGACAACUCAUCGACGG